GCGAUGCUGGAGGUUCUGGAGUCGAAGCGGCUGCAGCUGGCGCGGCGUCUGCCCCGCGUGCCCGGAGCGGAUUCUGCCGGCCGCCCCCGGAGCCCUGCUGAGCCGGUUAUCGCUUCCUCCCUGUGACCGACCAGCGUUGCAGCCUAGCAAUGCCGUUUGGGUGUGUGACUCUGGGCGACAAGAAGAACUAUAACCAGCCGUCGGAGGUGACUGACAGAUAUGACUUGGGACAAGUCAUCAAGACUGAGGAGUUCUGUGAGAUCUUCCGGGCCAAGGACAGGACAACGGGCAAGCUGCACACCUGCAAGAAGUUCCAGAAGCGCGACGGCCGCAAGGUGCGGAAGGCAGCUAAGAAUGAGAUUGGCAUCCUCAAGAUGGUGAAGCACCCCAACAUCCUGCAGCUGGUAGAUGUGUUUGUGACUCGCAAGGAAUACUUCAUCUUCCUGGAGCUGGCCACGGGGAGGGAGGUGUUUGACUGGAUCCUGGACCAGGGCUACUACUCGGAGCGGGACACGAGCAACGUGGUGCGGCAGGUCUUGGAGGCCGUGGCCUACCUGCACUCGCUCAAGAUCGUGCACAGGAACCUCAAGCUGGAAAACCUAGUGUACUACAAUAGGCUGAAGAACUCAAAGAUUGUCAUCAGCGACUUCCAUCUGGCUAAGCUAGAGAAUGGCCUCAUCAAGGAGCCCUGUGGAACCCCGGAGUAUCUGGCACCGGAAGUGGUAGGACGGCAACGGUACGGGCGCCCUGUGGACUGUUGGGCCAUUGGUGUCAUCAUGUAUAUCCUGCUUUCAGGAAACCCACCCUUCUAUGAGGAGGUAGAAGAAGAUGACUAUGAGAAUCAUGACAAGAAUCUCUUCCGCAAGAUCCUGGCUGGUGACUAUGAGUUUGACUCUCCAUACUGGGACGAUAUUUCUCAGGCAGCCAAAGACCUGGUCACAAGGCUGAUGGAGGUGGAGCAGGACCAGCGGAUCACCGCAGAGGAGGCCAUCUCCCAUGAGUGGAUUUCUGGCAAUGCUGCUUCUGAUAAGAACAUCAAGGAUGGUGUCUGUGCCCAGAUUGAAAAGAACUUCGCCAGAGCCAAGUGGAAGAAGGCUGUUCGAGUGACCACUCUCAUGAAACGGCUCCGGGCACCAGAGCAGGCUGGCACAGCUGCAGCCCAGUCUGCUUCAGACACUGCUGCUCCCGGGGCUGCUGGUGGGGCCAUUGCUGCAGCUGCAAGUGGAGCUGUCCCAGCCUCUGGGGCCAGUGCUACUGCAGCCACAGAGGGUGGUGCUGGCUGUGCUACCAAGAGUGAUAAUGUAGGCUCUGCAGAUCGCAGUGCCACCCCAGCCACUGAUGGGAGCAUCACCCCAGCUACAGAUGGGAGCACCACCCCAGCCACUGAUGGGAGCAUCACCCCAGCUACUGACAGGAGUGCUACACCAGCUACUGACGGGAGAGCCACACCAGCCACAGAGGAGAGCGCAGUGCCCACCACUCAAAGCAGUGCCAUGCCAGCUGCGAAAGCAGCUGCCACCCCUGAGCCGGCUGUGGCCCAGCCGGACAGCACAGCCCUAGAGGGCGCCACGGGCCAGGCUCCAUCCUCUAGUAAAGAAGAGGCUAUUGGCUGUGCCCGGGAGUCUCAGAGGGAGGAGACAAGCUGAAUGGGCAGCCUGUUGGGGGUUUUGAGGGACGGGAAGGCGGGUGGGAGUAUGGAUGAGGGGCUUCUCACUGUAUAUAGAGUCACUGGCAUGAUGCCCUAGCUCCCCCCAAGCUCCCUCAUCCCAGUGGGGCAUGCCUGGGGGCCAUGGGAGAGCAGUCUCGUCUCCUGUGUGGAUGUGUGUGAGUGGUGGGCAGGCCAGAGACAGGGCCAGCCCCAGCCCCUGCAUGGAUUCCUUGUGGCUUUCCUGUCUUUUGCUAGCUUCACCAGUUUCUGUUCCUUGUGGGAUGCUGCUCUAGGGAUACUCAGGGGGUCCUUGCUCUCCUUCUCCUCCCCUUCCUGCCUCGUCAUUUCCCCAGGCAGGCCCCUACAAGUUUCAUACUUUCCCAGGCCCUAAAUUGGGUGGCCUUGCCCUGAGAGCUGGUCCUCCAGCGAGGCCCUGUCAGCAGUGGUAGGUUCCUGCACAUGAAGGUGCGUACCUGUAGCGUGUGGGCUGCUCUCGGAGCAGAUGCUGGCUGCUAGAGAGGAUACAGAAAUCUAGGGCAGUGUGCUUGAAGUCGAGUCUGGUCACAUGGUUGCGGGCACUGCAUGUUAGCUGUGGGGAUCCUCAGAAGUGGGAGAGAGAAUGGGGAGAAGGGGAGAAGCUUCCAUCUUUUUCCCUGAAUGGGGAUCUUCCCUCUGAAGAUCUUUGUGUUACUUCUCACCCUUCUGAGUCCUGUAUCGGGUUGCUCUGUACCCCGAUUCUUAUGAAACCCUACAGGACAGGACAAACAAAUAGGAUGCAAGCAGUGAGACCGAGGAGAGCAGAGCACAGGCCAGCACCAGUGCCUCAGCCCGUCUGAGUCCUUACUGUGAGCCGGAUAGGGAGGCCUGGUGUCCCCCAUGGUCUUCCUGGAUGCCACUACCACAGGAAGAGACCUUACCCGUGGCCACCUCACGCAGGCUCAGGCCAUAAAUCCUCUUCCUCCCAGGGAGGCAUGGCAGUACCUCAUAGGCUGCUUUGGGAGCUUGCUUUUUCCAGUGGCAGAUUUUCUGCUCUCAGUUCAGCAACAUGGAGGGGAUUUUCCUCUGUUUCUACUCUCAGAGGCUGAGGUGUCACUCAGCCACAUUAAGCUGCUCUUGCUGGGAUGAGGAAGUAGAAUAAGAUUCCCCAGUUUCCCCUGAGGGAUGCUCUUGGCAGGUGCCCUUGGUCAGACCCUAUCACAGCCUGAACAGGCAGCCACGCUGGUCCUUGCCCUUGCUCGGCACUCCAUGCUGGUCCUGCCCCUCUCCCUGCAUGCCUGUGGGUCUGCUCUGGUACGUGAAGGUUGGUGGGCUAACUGUGUGCCUGCUGAACCUGGCAAAUAAACGUCACCCUGCAAAGCC